AUGUCACUAAAUGACAUUCUGAAGAAACCAGAUGUUUUAUUACGUCUCAGAAAACACCCGGAUAAAUUUAGGUUUACAGAGCCAGUGUCGUUGGUGGUAACAGGUGGUCACUGGCCUCCGCACCUGCUGAUAACGGAGGACGAGGAAACAGGGAACUUUACCAUGGAGGGGCCCAUGUUCAGCUUGCUGGAGACGCUAGCGGAGGCUAUGAACUUUUCUUAUACGCUCACCCGCCCCCCGGACGGGUACUGGGGCGCCCCCCUCGAAAACGGAUCCUGGACCGGCAUGGUGGGCCAGAUAUACAGGAAGGAAGCUGACCUGGCCCUGGGCCCCUUCGCCCUGACGGAGGGACGCGCCGAGGCCGCCGACAUGACGAAGGCCGUGUUCUUCGACAAGCUGUGCAUCAUCGCGGGGCGAGGUCGGCCCGAGAGCGACCCCUGGGGCUUCCUUCUGCCCCUAGCGCCCUCGGUGUGGCUGGCGCUCCUGCUGGCGAUACUGCUCGCAUGCGCGUCCUUCACGGUCCUGGGCGAGAGGAGCGCCGAGGGUACGGGUCUCCUGAGGGCGUUCGGGGUCCUCUUCAUGCACGUCCGCUCCCUCUUGCAGCAAGGCCUGCGGCGCGAAGUGCGACCCGCCAGCGCCCGUCUGGUGAUGGGCGCCUGGCUCCUGGCGGCGAUGCUGGUCACGUGGAGCUACAGCGGCAACCUGGCCUCCCUCCUGACGGUGCGGCACUUGGCUCAGCCGAUCCGGGAGCUGCGAGACAUCGUCGAGAGCGAGGACGCGGUGGUCGUCAUGGAACCCGACACGGCCUUCACGGAACUCUUUGCUAAAUUAAGGCAACUCAUGCAGUACAGUCAGUGUGACUUCUACAAAGCCAGGGAAGAGUUCUUGCCGAUCGACCUCGGGAUGUUGGUCCAGAAGGGUUUGCCCUUGAUUGGCGCCAUCAACAGCAGGCUGCAUAGGAUGGUGGAAACGGGUCUAUAUAAUCGCUGGGUUUCUGAUGCCAUUGCCAACUACACUGCAUGUACGUCUGCACCUUCUGUUAUCACGGUACAAGAACCCUUAAAUGUCAACAGUGUGUGGACAAGUUCCCUUAAUACAGUCACACGAUUCACUGACCGGAUUAGACUGCGGGCUAUAGCAAAGAUCUCUAUUUUCUUCAACCCUGUCAAAUCCGCGUGGUAUGAGGAACUACAUGUUGUAGAUAUUCCAAUACGCAUCAACCUUAAAAGGUAUAUCCAGUUUAUUGUGAAAAGUUACCGAUGUUUCAAAAAUUGUCCUAAUUAUGAAAAGUAA